CCUUGUGCGUGCGAACAGCGGUCGGAAUUGACUCGAAAUCAAAACACAAGUUCGAACUGUAAAUCUCAGAUCGUUGGUUUUCCGUGCCCCAAUGUCGUGUUGGAUCUGAACGUAAGUAAGUAACCGACACAGCAUUUACUCGUGUUCUGUGUUGCAAUUGAGUGUCGUUCUUGUCCGUCCGAUGCGGUCUAUUUGAGGCCCAACUGCCCAAGUCGGCCAGCGGCUGCCAACUAGCCGACAUGCCUGCAAAAUUUUGGUGUCGUCGUGUGUUUUGUCGAUUUUAAUAUGUUGCAUUUUGUUCAUAAGACGAUGAACCAAUCGGAGAAACAGUCUGACUCUAUGCUCAUGCUGGCUGAGCCACCCCUAGAGGAGGAGCACCACACGGACAGAGAGGACCAUCGAAUGGAGGAAACGGAAUGCGCUUUGCCGCCCCGCUCCCCACCGCCAUCUUACCAACACGCCCUUAAAACACAGGAGGAAAUGGAAUCGGAGCGAAGCGAGUCGACGUCGAUCGGGUCGAACCAUUCGGAGUCGUCGCGGGAGACGCGGGCGAACGGGGAGCUGGCGCGCACCUCGGUCUCGGCCCCGGUCAAGCGCCAGGAGAUCGUCCACAAGAGCUGCAAGGAGUUCUACAAAGCCGUCGCCGCCGAGUGGGGCAUCACUUGCAAGAUGAGCGAUCACUGUCGCUGUAUCGAAUGCCAGAGCCGGUAUUUCGACUGUGAAUACGACCGGGACAACGAGCUUGAGAAAACGGACGGAGGUCUGGCCGCCAGCACGCCCAUGUUCAUCUCCACGGAGGUCAUGCACGGCUCCGUCUGCACGAUACUGUGAGCGCCCCGCGCCUACAAAACCACACGACGCAACACGCACCACUCCGCCAUGCUGCGGGUCCAGGUGUCGCCGCCUUAGAUGCCGUGAGCUAUCUUCGACCCUCGCAGAACGGCAGAACAGAGCGCCAGGCCCAAAAUUGUUCGAAAUGUGAGCUCCUGAACAACCUCCCUGUGAAAGCAUCGAACCAUUUAAGCAGCGUUUACUUGAUGCAUUAAAUUGCCGAAAAAGGAUCGAGAGAAACCGUUCAUUGUUACGAACCAGUGGCGUGACGCACUUUGCGAUAUAUCGAUUGAUCUGCCUUUUAAACCUAUGGAAAAGGAUCGAUAAACAGGAUGUUCGCAACGAACAGCUUAACAAUCGAUUCUUGACCACAGCUUCAAAUGGGGAAAUAUCGAUAAUCGAUUACUCACGCCUCGCCACUGUUACGGGCAAUGGUGGCCAGUUUCGGUUUAACAGCUAACUUUUGUGGAGGUUGGCAAGCACGACGUCUUAGGGUUUUACGAUAAAAUUUUCCGAUUUUCAGAUACGAGCAGAACUUAAAAGAUUCGGCGAAAUGGACAGCAAAGACAGGUCGUAAGAAUGAGUUUCGUAUCUAAUUUAAAGAAAACUGCAUAAACUUUGCUGAUGCAACAAUUUCGACCAAGUCCUUGACCAACCAAACAACCUGCCUGUUUGGUUAUGGCGUCACUCAAACUGGUCACCAUAGUCCAUGUCGUGUUUUCACCCGGUCAACGCCUCUUACAAAGAAAUUUCCAUUGAAAACACGGACAAAAUAUUGGGAUUUCUUCACAACCGUGAAGUGAGACGAUAGCAUUUUAUUUUUCCAUGAUAUUUGAAUAUGAGGCUAUGGUUCUUACGUAAUGGGACCAAUAUUUAGCCUUUUUUAUGUUCCCUCAAUCUCUCUAAUUUCCAGUGCCCACGCGGCAUGGUGUGAAUUCAAAAUCUGUGUGUGUAAAUAUUGGACUACAUUUCGCACUGAGGCGCUAUGCACUGCUUCCGGCUCAUCCAUAAAAGCACCUAUCAACUUAGGGAAACUAAUGCCACAUACGUUUUAAUUUAAAAUGAGCUAGAAAUAUUAGUUCCUUUAUAAAAAAUGCAGCCCAAUUAGAGGCCCACAAAGAAAAGAAAAAUGAAAGAAACGAAUCAGCAAUGAAUGAAUGAAUGAGAAAAAAAAAGAACUAUGCUCAAUAACCUAACAAGAGUUGUAAUUUUAAUUAGUAAAAUGCGGGUAAAUGCCGGCCAAUUUUCCUCAAAUUUCAUCAAUGCACAAAGCCCUCGAACUGUAAAUAGGGAGUCACGUGGGUCUGUUUUGACCAUUUCAUCGACCCCCCCCCCCAAAAUGGUAAAAAUCCAUCUUCACAUUGAACAUAAAGGGCACUUGUCUGUAAGCGAUAUCCGGCAAACUUUGUUUUAUUUUAUUAUAUUAUUAAUCUCGGAUUUUAAUGAUGGAUAGCUGUAGAGAAACCGCUUUUGAAAAUAUGACUGAGUAAUUGGGUAGAAAAUAGUGAUAGUGGCAUGUCUCAUAAUAAACCGAAACCCUCAUCAAACAGAAUCGUGAGAGAAAAAAUCCGUCAGCACUUAAGCACCGUAGUAAUUAUACUGUAAAAGUAAUCGAGACAUCGACUUUUCGUAGUUUCAUAAAAUUUUUACACUAACGACCAAAUGAUUCAUUAGUCAAUACACACCUACCUUUAUAUUUUUUUGUACGUACACUCAUCAAGAUGAAAGAGGAAAUAAGUAGAAAUUUAAACAAGAGAUCAUACUUGUAGCUGCAUCAGUAUAGGUUGCGGGUUUAUUUCAUAGUUACAAAUUGUAUCAUUUGUUACUUUCAAUAUUAUAGUAUUCACUGACGUAUUUUCGUCUUAAUCAAUUAUCUGACAAGUCAAACAGCAGGUCGGUUUGACAAAAAAAAAUAUAGAAGUUUAAAAUGACAGUCAAUUAGUUUCCCAUCAUCUUUGCAAAAUUGAGAGGGGUUAUUUCAUUUUUUUAUGUUUUGAAUAACCUCUUUUAUACGAAACUUAAAUUAAAUACAUGUCUUUGUUAAAGAGGUGUGUAGUUUUUUGGACUUGUGGCUGAUAAUAGUUUAGGUAGGUACUAUGAAUUGUUAAUUUGAAAAGGAUAUUUUUCAAUUGUAGCCCCCAGUCCCUUGUUCACUCUCUUUCCUUUGAUUCUUUUUUUCCACUAUCAUAUUUAUAUUCAGUUACUGAUCGUACUCUAUUUUACUAAAUGUUUUUAUACUUAAUUUAAUUACUUUUAUAUAUCCAUUAAGAUAACUUGCUGGCAAGUUAAACCGUUCACUACCUGUAUAUACUAGAUCUCAUAUGAGUUCGUUCAACUGUAAGAAAGGCAGAGCUCGGUAUAUAGGUUAAUGCUAUCUUUCAUGAUCGUUUAAUUUGUUCCCUGGAAUCUCUGCGCCGAUUGACACUGAAUCAGUUUCGGUCGCAGAUACCUACCUGAAUUAACCAUGCGGAAAAUAUGGACGUAUUUAUGCUGAAAGGAACUAUGUUUCACGAAAACCCUAGUUCCUUUUGGCAUAAGUACGUCCAUUUAUGAGGACCGUUUCAUCUUAAACUUCCCAACUUUUAAUGCAAAAAAUCGUAAACAUUUGAUUUCUUAAAUCAUAUCCACCUCAUCAUGCUCAUCAGGGGCCCAGGCGCGGGCCCGGGAUACUUGCGAGUAAAAGGGCCCGCAUAGUGCGAGUUGCAUACUUCGUAAAUUGAAGGCGGUUGACGUUCCCAAGAAAACAAAAGGUCCCAGAUGCCCUUAAUUUGGGCACAGGAGAUCAAAAACUACCCACUGACUUAGGAGCCUUCGGGCCCUAGAAAGAGUUGUGGUUUUUAAGGGGCCACGCUAAUCAUAAUUUCAGAGGUCCACCGAAAUUUCAGUCCUAGGUUUUGCAAAACACGGAUUUUACAGGCCUCAUGUCCCUUGAAGCCCCAGUUUCUGGACCUCUCCAAUCCUCAAAAAAUUCUAGAGGCCCCAAUAGAUUUGAUCAGGCACUCGCAGAGAAAACAAAUUUGAAAAUAAUAAUAGGAAAAGAACUAUGAAGGCCGGCUAGUCCGGCCUUGAUGCUCAUAAAAUCAAGAGUUAAUUAUUUGCGUUAACCUAAUCUGUUCACUAAAAUUACAUUAAAUUAUUAUUCACGCGCACUCAGCUAUUUUUUAUUUUAAUUUACAACCCCUGAAUUCCUCUAUUUGAACCUUCUCCCAUUUUAAUUCAGGCAAAGUAUGCAACCUUCCCUUACGUAUAAUAUUGGAGUGAUCUUUCAGAUGUUAGGACUGGGACUGAGCUCUUCCUUUCUUAGAGUUGCGCAGCACGUAGACCACUUCUCGUCAUGUUCAUACUAGACUGAUAUUUUUAAUAGAAUCAAUAGGUAUGCUGCUAAAAAUCGGGUUUCAUUUUCGUUCGAGCAUACAUAAAUAUUUUUCACCUUUAUCUCGGAGACGACGAAUCAGUUGCGAUCUUUUUGACAAGAAAUUUGGGCUUUAUCCUAUACGGACAUAACUUUUGUUUUGAAGCAUGAUGAUUUUUUAAAGUCUCCUCCGACUCAACAAUGCGACCGCUCAAUAUUGUUCAUUCUGUACCUUUGAGGUUUCUCAUCCGACAACCUUGUCGAUUUUGUUCUCCGCUUUUCCAUGAGAUCCCUCCAUUGAGCAUGUCAAUCUUCAGUACCUAAAUAUCUAUCUUAAAAAUUUUACCAUACCGUUCUUAACUUUGAAAAGUACAAUAGAACAUCAAUGGAGAAAAUAAACGUACCAAGAGACCAUGCAUUUCCCAAUACUUUCUUCUUUUAAAUUCAAGGGCAUUGUCUACCCAAAUUGUCAGUCUACAAUAUAUACAAAGGAUCUACUUUAAAAUAUAUUAUUAGGGAGCUAAUUCCUAACUGCACUGAAUGUAUAUUCGUAGACGUGUAAUCGCACAAUUAUUUUUUCUUUUUUAUGAUCGGUAGUUGUAAUUAUAUUUUUUCUACGUUCUACACUUUCCUCGAAUCUGGAUGAUUCUCGAGUUUCAAAAAUCAGUCGUCCGUUCAUAGAAGCUCUGACACGGCGGGUAAGGAGCUGAGAUUAAUCGAUACUCAACGCUGCCAAAUUUCAUUAGAACCUCAAAUGGCACUAUAUGUAUCAUUAAUUCCAUUCGAAAAAAGAAUGAAAUGUUGCAAAAUAAGUGCAACGAGGAACGCGCUCCUAACUUACUCACCCAUACGUCAUUUCUACUUGAUGUAAACUCUCCGGAGCCAAAAUUGAUGAAUUACCUACAGUUUCAGUUCAAUUUGCCUCUGAUUUCUAGCAAAUAUUUUAUGUUUAGAGGAAGGGAAAAUGAAGGAGUAAGAUUUUCUCCUCUUCUUUUUUGUGUUAUAUCAAUCACCAUCGGUGAAGUAGCACUUAUCCACAAAGAGCACUUUCUUCUCAAGAUCAAAACCUGCUACGCAGUAAGAAAAAGUAAAAAGUAGCAAACCCGGGUAGGAUUUUUCAAUAGAAAAAUCUCGACAAAUUAAAAUUAAGUUGCGAUUUCAUCGGUGAUAAAAUCACCAGGGUCUUCAACAUCUGAGCAAUUUAAGGCGUUGGGUGUUGAAAGGGCAAUUCUUGGUUGCGGUGUUUCAGAAUAUCUACUGCUAAUUUAUAUUUUAGAGAAGAAAUUAUUAAUUAAAUUUUCUGGAAUUUUCGUUUUCAGCAUUGUAAAAUCAUACAGAAAAUUCGGUAAAAGUUGAAACGAAUUCCAUACAUUUGCUUUAAUUAUAAUGGAUGAAAUGUUAGCUUCUGAGAACCACAACCAAGAAAUUCCCUUGUUGAACCCAGCGCUUCAAUAAAUUAUCCUGGAUCUUAUCGCGCUAUCGAUCUCGAUGAAAUCGACGGCAAUUUAUCGCGAUUUUAUCGAACCGAAAAUCACGAUAUUAUUGCGAUUGCACCGCUACUUAGGGAAGGCUGUGUUAAUAUAGUACGUAGGACUCAGAAACACAACCCUUUGGUUUAUUCCCGCUUCCUUAGUUUUUCUUUCGGUAAAAUUGACCGAUAGUAGCAACAUCGAAACUUGAAGUAAAAUGUCUAAUUUAAUGAUUUUUCAGAAAUACUGACUUUCUCUGUUGCCCAUUUCCUAAUAGACCUGAGCACAACAUAUGUUUUUUUAGUCAAAUUGUUUUUCAAAAAUGUCUCCACUGAAAUGACGCAGAUACUUUACGGUGAAAGCGAAUUCUGAAAAGAUGUGAUUAAGUUUGCCUUAUAAUGCCCUUUGCGAAAACGUUUUCCUCGUUGUUCCCUCUUAUGUAAUUAAAAUGUUGUCUACUCGUGUUUAUCCUAAAUCUAAGUGUGAUUUAUCUUCUCUGAGUACUUCUCAAGAUAUUAGUGGACAAUUUCUACAUAUUUCACACUAAUAAAUGUGUUAUCAUCAUUGUUAUUGUUAUAUCGGUACAAAUGGUCUUAAUUUUGGUGUUCUAUCAACAUAAGCACUCACAAAGAAUCAGAUUUUUAUAUCGCAAGACAUCCGCGAAGCAAGUGGACCUUUUUCUAAUAAUAUUUUCUCGUCAAACUGAAUAAUUCACGGCAAAACUCUAGGAACAAUUUGCUGACUUUAACAUAGGAACCGCUAGAUAAAAUUAUACAGUGAUGUUAAGGAAACGAUGCGUUUUUACUCAUCAAAAUGAAAGAACCAUUUAUAUUAGUAGACCACGGUAAAUGUAUUAGUCAGCAGUUUCAGAGUUUGCCGUGACUUUUGCGGGAUGAAAAGUAAUAAGAUUGUAAUAGACAACACAAAUUAGUGGUGUCUACUAAAGACAGCCUGAAAUUAGCAUACCUACUUAAUCUGAAGUAAGAGGAAAAUAGGUUGGGGAUUCAUUCGUGACUUUUGAGAAUUCAUUUCCGACAUAGGGAGACUUUUUUGCUUUUUUGUCGCUCUUCAAAUAUGCCUCAUUCAAGGAUAACCACAAUCUACCUCUUUCUGUUACUGAAUCAAGUGGCCCUCUGUAAGUCAAGAGAUUUCAUCAAAGGCAACUUGAUGGAGAUUAUUUCUAGUAUUUUCUGUACACCGAAUCGACAAGUAGGAAACAUAUUGAUGGUCAGCUGUGAAAUUUUCAACGUCGGGAAAUGAUUUUUCUCAAAAACGGACUUUUCUAUAUGCGUGUUGAAACUUUCUGUGGUUCUUCAUUUUACUUAUAAAAAUGUUCAGAGUUGUCAUGAAAAAAUACACAAAACAAGCUUAGCAUGAGAGAAUAAUAAAUUAAAUUAACAGUGGACUCGCAUCGAAUUGGAAACGAUCUUCAUGCGUAAUAUGAGCGAAUGGAAAUUAAAAACGCCUUCAAUUACUCGUGUAUGCAAUAUGGACGUCCUAAGAACACGAAUAGUUGCGUCAAGGCACCUGGAACCAUCCUCGAUCGUGCCGUUUUGCAGCUUUUGCCGCCGAGAUGAUGCCCAUCAAGAUCAAACAAAAACAAUCAAAAUAAAUUAGAUACUGCUUUCUUAAUGCACAAAAUACAAAUCCAGGACUUGAGACCAUCGAUUCGUCCGUUAUGAUAUCUUGUUUGACAGAUACGAAGAGGUGGCGUUGGUUGCAACGCCUGGAUGCAACUAUUCCAGCUUUGCGACAGCUUAUGUUGCAGGUGCGAAAAAUUGAAGGCGCACUUACUAUCCUCGCCGUCACAGCGGCCGCGUCUCUCUAAAACCGCCACUGACUUAUGUCGAUGAUUAAAUUGAUAGAACACUUUUCUGGGUUAGCGACGUUGCAGAUUUCCAUUUUAAUUCAUCUUUAUUGGAAAAUGAAUGGUCACGAUUUAAGCUAUGAAGUUAACUUGUUUUGCCUUGAAAGAAUAAAAUGAUAGUGGACAUUUUGAAACCGCAACGCGGCAGGUAAGCGGGUCUCGAUUUUAAACAUUUUAUUAAAAAAACACAAAAACGAAAAACCACUUAAAGAAAAUCAUUAUUUUUACACUUUUUUAUGUGCACAAUUCUGAGAGUAAAAAUGAAGAACCUGGGGAUUUUCAUUUCAUAAAAAUCCUUGAAAUUUUCUAAAAAAAAUUUGAACUAAAGGGGGAAUUUUUUUCUCAGCAAAGUCAACAACAUUGUAUGUCAUUGUCUUAAGCCUGUUCGAUCCAAUGAACCUGGUCUUGUUUAAAAUGUUCAACAAAAAUCUCAAAUACGUUGUGGUGUCGCAAUUAUGAAUUUGUUUUUCUCUGUAAUGUCAUCCUGUUCCGAUUGUUAUGUCGUUUCUAUUCGUGUGAAACUCACAUCUUGAUGCCAGAAUUCGGGUGUUUCCGAAAAGCUUUUUGGUCAUCAUCGCACCAACCAAUUUUGCAUUGUAAAAGUAAUAGUUGAACUGUACCUCUCUAUCCUUUUGAAUACUUCAUAGUGCGCUUACUUCACAACCUCUGAAUUCUGAUCACAUUUACAGACGCGCACGUACAUGUGAAAACGAACCAUCAACUUUACCUAAUUUCUUGGAUUAUAAAUAUACUUGUUGUACUUACAUGGUUGAUUUGAUAUUUUUUAACUGUAAUUUCAUAGACUGUUAUCUAUAUUUGUACGCAGUAACUGUUAAGAAUUUUAUCUAAUAAAAGGAUCUUGAGAAAAACA